GGUAAUCAGAAGUGAUCUCAUAAGAGUUUUGGGGGAUCGUCUUACGCAGACGCAUAGACAGACAGACAGACAAAGAUCUGAAGGUGAUCCUAGCACAUAUCGGCUUGGAGGCGAUGUUUGGAGGAAGAGGGGAAAACUGUCCAGAUCAGAUUGGCUUUGAGUUUUUGCCCCUUGCAUCUUUCUUUGUUCAAGCGAGCGAGCGACAGCUUGGUCGGAUCUCACUACUGUAUAUCCACACCAGCACUCAGUCAUGCCAUGGACCCUCGGAACUUUUGACUCUCUGCUAUCCGGAUUAGUAGCGGUGGGAAUUGUACAGACCGGUACUUUGAACCGAAGGGCUCCGUCCCCCGGCCGAUCGUGUAGAGAUGGGCUGCUGACAAGCAGAGAAUCAGCGAUUGAAUGUGCGCCAAUGUUGAUCCUUGCGGAAAUCCUUUGUUUCCAGUCUCUCGAGGUAUGUGCUCGAAUAUACUCGCUCGUUUACCGAAGAAAUUCGGCCCAUUAUGCUCCUGCCUUCCUGGGUAUGAGGUUGUUGUCGUUUUCUGAAGCCUGCAUCGGAUAUUUUGCUGGUUACGGAUUUAGAGACUUCAAGAUCUACUCCCAAGGUACUUCCUGAAUACGGACAGACCACAAGAUAAAGUUACUAAGACCC